AGACUCGACGAUCCAGUCAUCUUCUGUGCAAACAAGAUAGAGAAAAAAAUAUAUUUUCACCAUGGUGGCGAAUUUCAAGGUCUACAAAAAAUGUUCGCCCAACGGCAAGCUCGCUGUCUAUCUCGGCAAACGCGACUUCAUCGAUUAUCUGUCAGGUACCGAGCCGAUCGACGGAGUGGUCUUGGUCGAUCAGGAUUACGUAGACAGUGGCAGGAAGGUGUGGUGCCAACUCUUAUGCAGCUUCCGGUAUGGCCGCGAGGAGGAUGAGGUGAUGGGCCUCAAUUUUCAGAAGGAUCUCUAUCUGGCCUCGGAGCAAAUCUUCCCACAAGUUAAGAAGCCCGAGUCCAAUCCUACCAAGUUGCAGGACAGAUUGCUGAGGAAACUGGGCACCAACGCGAUACCGUUUAACUUCACGUUCCCGCAAUGCGCACCGUCCAGCGUGACCCUUCAGCAGGGACCCGACGAAAUCGGCGAACCCUGCGGCGUCAGCUACUACGUGAAGGUGUAUUGCGGCGAAACGGAGACCGACCUGACCCAUAAGCGCAGCACCAUCAUGAUGGGCAUCCGCAAGAUCCAAUACGCGCCGACGAAGGAAGGUCGUCAACCGUGCACCGUGGUACGCAAGGACUUUCUGAUGAGCCCAGGCGAACUGGAGCUCGAAGUUACCCUGGACAAGCAGUUGUACAAACACGGCGAGCCGAUCGCCGUCAACAUAUGCGUGCGCAACAACAGCAACAAGGUGGUGAAGAAGAUCAAGACGCUGGUGCAACAAGGCAUCGACGUGGUCAUCUUCCAGAACGGUCAGUUCCGGACGGUGAUAGACGCGGUGGAGACGCAGGAUGGCUGUCCGAUCAAUCCCGGCUCGACCCUGCAGAAGGUGCUUUAUCUAAAGCCCGAGCUGGGGAACAAUAAAAACCGUCGCGGUAUCGCUUUGGAUGGCAUGAUAAAACGGGAAGAGAGCGAACUCGCACCCAGUACCUUGCUCACCUCGCCGGAUGUACGCGACACUUUCGGCAUCGUCGUGUCCUAUGCCAUCAAGGUGAAGUUAUACUUGGGCGCUCUAGGUGGAGAGUUGACAGCCGAGCUGCCGUUCAUCCUGAUGAGAUCCAAGCCGUCCGAUCGGAUUAAACUGGUCCCGACAGAUAGUGUGAUGAUCGAAGACAUCCCGCAUGAGAAAGUCGGCUAGAAAAUCAGCUCCUAGAUUCCUCUUUUGCUCCUAGAUCUUUGCAGGCUUUCAUUUCGAUUCGCUUCUAAUUUUUUAGGUUUAAAUAGAUUCAGACGUGUGAUGAAAACAUUCUCAGAACAUUCAAAAGGUUGUAAACUGUAAGAUAAGUCUCUUAUAUGUUACACGUUCUGUAGAUAUUCUUUAGAAAUUGUCUGGGCUGUUAUUUUGCAAAGGUCUCCUUCACAUCUUUUAUUAUAAUAAUAAAUAUAAAUAUAUCACACACACACA